GAGUGGGCAGGCAUUGAUUGACAUUGGAACCGAGUCCAACUCUGUUUCUCUCCUGUUGCUGGGACCUGGGAGGGAGGCAACCUCCCCUCCCCAUGUUGUCCAGUCUCCCCUUCGUACAGAGUUUCGACAAUUCGACCGCUGCCGCUACCGCUGUUGCUCCGCGGGCUCCACCGAACAAAGGCGAAAUUGCAGGCGGGUUUUCCCAACGACUCCAACCAAAAAAAAGUCUGGAAGCGGUGACACCCUUGGAAUAUGGAGAGAGUAUGUGGGAAUCGGCCCACCGCUGGACAAUCAACGGCCUCGACACAGAAGAAACCCUCUCCUUUCUCUCUCCUUCUCUCUCUCCAUCCUGCCACACAGCCAUAGGGACUUCUUCCCGACCCGGUUCAGAUACCAGAAUGACAAGGCCAGGGAGGCGAACGACUCGUAUUGAUACACGGUGGCACUCGUUCGCUGCGGAGUUGACCGACGGAAGCCUAUGCCGGCUUGGAGAGUACGAAUACAGCAGGGAAGGGUCAAGGACUCAAGGCGCUUGUCAUGUACGUUCGGUAGCCUUGACCGUGUCUCUGGAACCUCAUGAUCGGCUGGCCCUUUUCUUCCAUUGAGCGGCGAGUCACGAUGCAACCCCGUCGAUCGUCAACGUACGGAUGAUGCAGGCAAAGGACUUGGAGUGGAAUUGCCGCGGUGCCAAGGUCGGCACCAAGACCGGUAAUGCAAACAGACAUGGUUGAUCGAUGGCUAUGGCACCUGGAACCGACGCCUUCGAACGUGUUUCUGGAAGCAUCUCUGUACCUCUCUCUCUCUCUCUAUCUCUCCUAGUUUUCUCAUCUU